GCAAGCUGAAACACAGGGUGGACCGAAUACAGUUUUGAGAGUUAUCGUCGAACACAUGAUUUAUCCCAUUUCCCUCGACAUAUUGUAUCAGAUAUUCACGCGUUUCGGAAAGGUCCUGAAGAUCGUCACCUUCACGAAAAACAGUUCCUUCCAGGCUCUAAUACAGUAUGCGGACAUGGUCUCGGCACAAACCGCUAAAUUCUCACUCGACGGACAAAAUAUAUAUAAUUCCUGCUGCACGUUACGCAUCGACUAUAGUAAGAUGCAAAAUCUUAACGUGAAAUACAACAACGAUAAGUCGAGAGAUUACACAAAUCCAAAUCUUCCUACUGGAGACGCAAAUAUCGAUGCUGCAUCUUUGGCCUUGGGCGGUGAAUUAUUGCCGCAAAUACUGAUGGGUGCUGGAUCACAACCACGUGCUAGAAUACCCGAAGUAAAAAGAAGAGGAUCAGUAUUAACGGAACAAAUUGAUGAUGAUAACUAUGAAUCGAUUGCAGGGGCACCGGGUGUUCUACCCACGCCCUUUGCGGCUAUGCACGGCCUACCAUCGCCCUUGGGAGGCCCUUAUAAUGGCGUCCCACCGACCGGAGGUCUCGGAGGUCUUGGUGGUUUUCCCAUUGGGGCUGGUGCUCUUGGUGUACGCGUACCAGGAGGUGGACAAUCCUCGGCAGUAUUGCUCGUUAGCAAUCUCAACGAGGAGAUGGUCACGCCUGACGCUCUCUUUACCCUGUUUGGUGUUUACGGGGAUGUACAGCGUGUGAAGAUUCUCUACAACAAAAAGGACUCGGCCCUGAUUCAAAUGGCCGAACCUCAUCAAGCGCAUUUAGCAAUCACUCAUAUGGACAAGUUAAGAGUAUUUGGCAAGCAGAUCAAAGUUGUACUCAGCAAACAUCAAACGGUUCAAUUACCGAAGGAAGGACAACCGGAUGCAGGUCUCACCAAGGAUUACACGAGCAGUCCUCUUCAUCGAUUCAAAAAGCCUGGCUCGAAGAAUUAUCAAAAUAUUUAUCCACCGAGUUCGACUUUGCAUUUAUCAAACAUUCCAGCUACGGUAACAGAAGAAGAGAUAAAGGAUGCCUUUAGCAAAAAUGGAUUUAACGUGAAGGCCUUCAAAUUCUUUCCAAAGGACAGAAAGAUGGCUCUAAUUCAGUUACUUAAUAUGGACGACGCCGUGGCCGCUCUCAUCAAAAUGCACAAUUAUCAACUGAGCGAAUCCAAUCAUCUUCGAGUAUCAUUCUCAAAGAGUAACAUCUAACAAGAGACACUGCUUAGCUAGCAGCAGUGGUUCCAGCCCUACGCCCUUGUCCACUAUUGGUGAUCCAACGUGCUCUAGCAAUUAUAAUAUAAACGGCCUGUCAGCCUGCUCUGCUCGUCCCUUUAAAGUUGCGAGGUCAAUGACUGUUAUUAUAAUAUCUGUGUACAUAAGACGCGCAAAACCCCAUUUGAAGAAGAAAGAAAGAAAGAAAGAAAGAAAGAAAGAAAGAAAGAAAGAAGCAAAGAACGUGCAAAAACGAAGAUUUUAAGGAAGAUGUGAAGAUAUGAAGAUGAAGAUAUGAAGAAGAUGGAGAGACAGAUGACGAGAAGAGGGAUGAAGGUUAGAUAUGAAGAAGAAGAUAAAGAAGAAGGAGAAGAAGAAGAAGAAUGAUCAUGAUGAUGAUAAUGAUGAUGAUGAUGAUGACAAUGACAAUGACAAUGAAGAGGAUAAAGAAGAAAAAGAAGAAGAAGAAGACGCUGUUCCUUUUGCUAAUAGACGAUCAUAAUGGAUCUUCUCUCACGUUCGCCUUCUUUUGCUAAAUAACACGAUGUGAUCGGAGCACAUUACUUUAUACGCGUUCUCACGAUCCUAAGAUCUACAAAUGACAAGUAUAAAACCUUUAAUGACGCGUUAAGAAAUUUUCGUUACUCCGGCUUUCGUUGAAUUGUUUUCGCUUAAGUUUAGUUUUCACGCUGAUUAAGUGUGAAACAAAUCUCAAUGAAUUUAAGGAUAAAGAAAGGAUAUUGGUAAGAAAGAGAGUAUAAGAGAGACUGAAAGAGAGAGAGAGAGAGAGAAAGAGAGAGAGAGAGGAAGAGAGAGUGAGAGUGAGAGAGAGAGAGAGAGAGAGGGAGAGAAAAAGAGAAAAGGGUAGGGGGGAUAGAAUAAAUAGUUAAAAGAGAUAAUUUUUCUGUGAGAAGAAGGGCGUAGGUAAACGAAGCCACACGCGGCGUAUAGAUUAAUGAGAUAUAAAAAAAAGAAAAAAAAAAAAAGCUGCAGCCAAGUAUUAAAGUAAAAAAAGGAAAAAAAAAAGAAAAAAGAAAAAAAAAGCAGAAUUAUAGGGAAAGAUUUUGUUGGAAAACGAAGAAAAGAAGAGUGUUUGAAGUAAGAAGGGAAAAA